AUGAUUGCAGUUAAUUGCCUAAUUCUGGUGCUAUCAGUGAUGGAAUUAAUGUUGACGAGUUCAAUUUACGACUUCAUUGUCACUCACGAACUUUUUUACGCAUAUCCGAAAAAGACGAUACUGAUUGCUCCAUCACAAAGUCUUCUCAAGUACAUCGCAAUAUCCUUAUCGUUUUUUCUAUCGUUUGCAUCAAUUACUCACUUUUCAUAUCGAUAUCAGCGUCUAACCCAUACAUAUUUCACGAUUAUGAAAAGUAUCAACUUUGGCACGAUUGCUUCCUACAUUAGCUACUCAUCUACAUUCAACAUCGAUAAUCUUUAUUAUGUGCCUUCCAAGUAUCGAAUAGCACAAUUUGCUUGUGCUGUACUUCAUGCAAUUUGUUCUUCAAAUUCUUUUCAAACAACCCAAAAACUUGCGAUUUUCAUCAGUGGGGACGAAGAAGAAAACUUCAUUGCUGCUGCUUGGUGGUACACAUUACGUUUACGUUUCUCGACAAUUUUAUUCGCUGCUACUUCCAUACUUAUUUUAUUCCUUUUCUUCCUGAAUAUCAGAAAAAAUCAUCGUCAAAGUUGCAAAAUUUCCAGUAUUUCAUAUGAUCUAUUGAUUGUGGAACGGAAGGAAGGAAUGUUUUAUUUGUGA